AUGUCGAGAUGGGAAAGUCCACGGCCCAACUUGGCUUCAGAAGGUGACACCAAUAUUGCCACGGCCACAAUUGCCGUUGGUAUAUCGAAAAACCUCAUUGCGUGGAGGAAUAAUGAAUUUGAUGGAUCAAAAGCUCCUCAGGCCCCCAAAUAUCUGAUGUUGUUUUCGUGCUUAAGAGAUGAAGGAUAUCUUCACAAAAACGCCAGUAUGCAUGGAAGCAGAUGUAUGGAAGGUUGGAAGCACAUGUACAGAAGCACAUGCAUAGAAGCAUUCUUUACACUCUUGUUUACUUGGGUCUCAACGGAAUGUGGAUACGUAUCUACGUCGGCAAAUCGCAAAUCAGAAUGCAGUAGAAGUCGGGUAAAAUCCCAAGAAGAUACAAAGAAGAGGGAUAAAACUGGUACCGGGGAUCAAGCGAUUGCUGUUGGGUUUCUUGAGACUAGAAAGAGUAUCAGAUUGAAUUGA